AUGCCCAUUCCUACUAGAGAUGAUUUUUUGAGAAUGGCAGCAAAUGCCAAGGAAAGAUGGAAUUUUCCAAACGCGAUAGCCGCAAUAGAUGGGAAACAUAUCCAAAUAAGAAUAGCAGAUGUUGAUUGCAAGUUCAUUUUUAUUGACGUUGGUGGAUAUGGGAAACAAAGUGACGCAGGCACUUUUGCCGAGUCACAAACUUUUCAGUUUUUGGAGGACUUUGAGAAGAACCUACCAAAACCAUGUCCAUUUGAGGGAAGUGAUGGCCMAAUGCCAUUUGUUUUUGUAGGAGACGACGCAUACCCUCUGAAAGUGUAUCUGAUGAAACCAUACCCCGGGAAUAAUCUAAGUCAAGAACAAAGGAUUUUCAACUAUCGACUAUCUAGAUUUAGACGUUGCGUCGAGUGCACUUUUGGAAUAAUAACAUCUAAAUGGGCAUUAUUAAAGAAAGCUAUUGAGACAAAGGUAGAAAAAGCAGAAACAAUUAUUAAAUGUAUCUGCUUGCUACACAAUAUUAUUWUUGAUAGAGAAG